CUCUGUGGAGCUGCUCCUGCCAACUCAUUGCUUUCUGUUGUGCUGUGUUCCGUAGCCAGUGACGGCUGGUGCUACUGCAGUCACUGCAGACCAGACCGAGCCAGAAGUUUCCUCUUCUACAUAAAGGGUCAAGAAACUGGAGCAUGGCUAUGAGCAAUGGAAACAAUGAUUUUGUGGUCCUGAGCAAUGGCAGCAUCACAACCAGUGCUACCAUCCCUAGUCCCCUCACGUCCUGUGAUGGAGACCUUGCAGCCCAGCAGCUCACACCCAAAGAAGCAGCAAGAACAAAAGUGAGUCCCAAUGGAUGCCUGCAACUUAAUGGCACAGUUAAAUCAUCUUUCCUGCCUUUAGACAACCAAAGAACACCUCAGAUGUUAUCCCAAUGCUGCCAUCCUUGCCCAUACCAUCACCCUCUGACUAGCCAUUCCAGUCACCCAGAGGGCCAUCCCGAGGCUGGCCCUGCAGCACCCUCUGCUUUGGCCUCAUGUUGCAUGCAGCCACACUCCGAGUAUUCUGCAUCUCUUUGUCCAAACCAUUCACCUGUGUAUCAGACUGCGUGCUGUUUUCAGCCCUCUCCAUCCUUCUGCCUGCACCAUCCGUGGCCUGACCAUUUUCAGCAUCAGCCUGUGCAACAGCACAUAGCCAACAUAAGACCAUCCAGACCUUUCAAGUUACCAAAAAGUUAUGCAGCCCUGAUAGCUGACUGGCCAGUGGUCGUCUUGGGCAUGUGCACUGUGUUCAUUGUGGUCUGUGCCUUGGUUGGAGUAUUAGUGCCAGAGCUUCCUGAUUUCUCUGAUCCAUUGCUGGGUUUUGAACCAAGAGGGACUGCAAUAGGCCAGAGACUGGUCACAUGGAAUAACAUGGUGAAAAAUACAGGAUACAAAGCAACAUUAGCAAAUUAUCCUUUUAAAUAUGCAGAUGAACAAGCCAAAAGCCAUCGGGAUGAUAGAUGGUCAGAUGAUCAUUAUGAAAGAGAGAAGAGAGAAGUUGACUGGAACUUCCACAAAGACAGCUUUUUCUGCGACGUUCCAAAAUGUGAAUUAUUGCUCUUCAAAAAUGAGAUUAAAAAUGAAGUCUUCGUUAAAAUCAGAUCUCAUCCCCAGUUUGGUGAUCUCUGCCAGAGGACCACCGCUGCUUCCUGCUGUCCCAGCUGGACGCUGGGAAACUACAUUGCCAUUCUGAACAAUAGAUCGUCCUGUCAGAAAAUUGUUGAGCGAGAUGUUUCUCAUACCUUGAAGCUUCUUCGGACAUGUGCCAAACACUACCAGAAUGGCACUCUGGGGCCAGACUGCUGGGACAUGGCAGCCAGAAGAAAGGAUCAGCUCAAGUGCACCAAUGUGCCACGCAAAUGUACCAAGUACAACGCUGUGUACCAGAUCCUCCAUUACUUGGUGGACAAAGACUUUAUGACCCCAAAGACAGCUGAGUAUGCCAUGCCGGCUUUAAAAUAUAGCAUGCUCUUCUCUCCCACCGAGAAAGGGGAGAGCAUGAUGAACAUUUACUUGGACAACUUUGAAAACUGGAACUCCUCUGACGGCGUGACUACCAUCACUGGGAUUGAGUUUGGUAUCAAACACAGUUUGUUUCAAGAUUAUCUUCUAAUGGAUACUGUGUAUCCUGCUAUAGCCAUUGUGAUUGUCCUUUUAGUCAUGUGUGUCUACACUAGGUCCAUGUUUAUCACUCUGAUGACAAUGUUUGCAAUAAUCAGUUCCUUGAUUGUUUCCUAUUUUCUCUAUCGUGUAGUAUUUAACUUUGAGUUUUUCCCUUUUAUGAACCUCACUGCACUCAUUAUUUUGGUUGGAAUUGGAGCAGAUGACGCAUUCGUCCUGUGUGAUGUUUGGAACUACACCAAAUUUGACAAGCCUCAUGCUGCAACCUCGGAAACAGUGAGCAUCACCUUGCAACAUGCUGCCCUCUCCAUGUUUGUCACAAGUUUCACCACUGCUGCUGCCUUUUAUGCUAACUAUGUCAGCAACAUUACAGCAAUCAGGUGCUUUGGGGUUUAUGCGGGGACAGCUAUACUGGUGAAUUAUGUUCUGAUGGUCACGUGGCUUCCAGCAGUUGUUGUACUGCAUGAGCGUUAUCUUCUCAAUAUAUUCAGUUGCUUCAGAAAGCCCCAGCAGCAAAUGUACGGUAACAAAAGCUGCUGGAUGGUGGCUUGCCAGAGAUGCCACAAAGUACUUUUUGCCAUUUCAGAAGCGUCUCGGAUUUUUUUUGAAAAAGUAUUGCCAUGCAUUGUCAUUAAGUUUCGCUACCUUUGGCUGUUCUGGUUCCUUGCCUUAACUGUAGGUGGGGCCUACAUUGUGUGCAUAGAUCCGAAGAUGAAACUGCCCUCCUUGGAGUUGUCCGAGUUCCAGGUGUUCAGGUCGUCUCACCCUUUUGAGCGCUACGAUGCUGAGUACAAAAAGCUUUUCAUGUUUGAACGUGUUCACCAUGGAGAGGAGCUCCACAUGCCCAUCACAGUAAUCUGGGGUGUGUCCCCAGAAGACAAUGGCAAUCCACUGAAUCCCAAGAGUAAAGGGAAGUUGACAUUAGAUAGCAGUUUUAAUAUUGCCAGCCCAGCUUCCCAGACCUGGAUUUUGCACUUCUGUCAAAAACUGAGAAAUCAAACAUUCUUUUACCAGACUGAUGAACAGGACUUUACCAGUUGCUUCAUUGAGACAUUCAAACAGUGGAUGGAAAACCAGGACUGUGAUGAACCUGCCCUGUACCCUUGCUGCAGCCACUGGAGCUUCCCCUACAAGCAAGAGGUUUUUGAACUGUGCAUCAAGAGAGCCAUCAUGGAGCUGGAAAGGAGUACGGGGUACCAUUUGGACAGCAAAACCCCAGGGCCACGGUUCGAUAUCAAUGAUACUAUCAGGGCAGUAGUGCUAGAGUUCCAAAGUACCUACCUCUUCACGCUGGCAUAUGAAAAGAUGCAUCAGUUUUAUAAAGAGGUGGACUCCUGGAUUUCCAGUGAGCUGAGCUCUGCACCUGAGGGCCUCAGCAAUGGUUGGUUUGUCAGCAGUUUGGAGUUCUACGAUCUCCAGGACAGCCUCUCUGAUGGCACCCUCAUUGCCAUGGGGCUGUCCGUUGCUGUUGCGUUCAGCGUGAUGCUGCUGACAACUUGGAACAUCAUCAUAAGCCUUUAUGCCAUCAUUUCAAUAGCUGGGACUAUAUUUGUCACUGUUGGUUCUCUUGUCCUGCUUGGCUGGGAGUUGAAUGUUCUGGAAUCUGUCACCAUUUCGGUUGCCGUUGGCUUAUCUGUAGACUUUGCCGUCCAUUAUGGGGUUGCCUACCGCCUGGCUCCAGAUCCUGACAGAGAAGGCAAAGUGAUCUUCUCCCUGAGUCGCAUGGGCUCUGCGAUUGCCAUGGCCGCUCUGACCACCUUUGUGGCUGGGGCUAUGAUGAUGCCCUCCACAGUUCUAGCUUACACCCAGCUAGGCACCUUCAUGAUGCUCAUCAUGUGUGUUAGUUGGGCUUUUGCCACCUUCUUUUUCCAGUGCAUGUGUCGAUGCCUUGGACCACAGGGUACCUGUGGUCAGAUUCCUUUACCUAAAAAACUGCAGUGCAGUGCCUUUUCCCAUGCCUUGUCUACAAGUCCUGGUGACAAGGGACAAAGCAAAACACAUGCCAUGAAUGCUUAUCAUUUAGAUCCCAGGAGCCAAAAGCCUGAACUGGACCAUGAGUUUUAUGAAUUAGAGCCUCUGGCAUCCCACAGCUGCACUGCCUCUGAGAAGACCACUUAUGAAGAGACCCACAUCUGCUCUGAAUUGUUCAACAGCCAAGCAAAGAAUUUAGGGAUGCCUGUGCGUGCAGCUUACAACAGUGAACUCAGCAAAAGCACCAAAAAUGAAACUAGCUCUGCCUUGCUACAGCCCCCUCUUGAACAGCACACCAUGUGUCACUUCUUCUCUCUGAAUCAGAGAUGUAGCUGCCCAAAUGCCUAUAAUCACUUGAAAUAUGGCCCACACGUUUGCCAGCAGAUGGGCAACUGCUUUUGCCACCACUGUACUGCUGCUGCUAGCAGCUUUGUCCAGAUCCAGAACGGUGUGGCACCUCUGAAGGCUGCCGAGGGCUUCGUUCAUCCCAUCCCACACAUCCACCACUGUCCCUGCCUGCAGGGCAGAGUGAAGCAACCUGGAAUGCAGAAUUCUCUGCCUAGGAAUUUUUUCCUCCACCCAGUGCAGCAUAUUCAGGCCCAAGAAAAAAUUGGUAAGACCGAUGUACACAGUCUUCAGAGCAUAGAAGAGCAUCUUCCAAAGAUGACAGAGCCACCAUUUGUCUGCAGAAGCACUGGAUCUUUACUAAAAGCAUGUUGCAAUCCUGAGAAUAACCAAAGGGGACUCUGUCAAAAUCGAGACAGUGGGAAUAUGGAAGGCAGUGGCGGGACUGAAAACAAGGUCUCCAGUUUAGUCCAUCAGACCAGCAAGGCAGAAAGGAAAGUGGGGCUGAGCUUGUCACAGACUGAUGUGACUGUGAAUUCAGAACAUGUAAAUCAGAAUGAACCAAAAUUUAUAUUUAGCCAUCUCAUGGGGGAGGCUGGUUGUAGGUCCUGCCCACACAAUCCACAAAGUUGUGGCAGAAUUGUGAGUGUGAAAUGCAGUUCUGCAGACUGUCAAAUGCCAAACAUUGAAACCAACGUGCCUGCUGUGUUAACACACACGGAGCUUUCUGGUGAAAGUGUGUUAAUAAAAACACUGUAAUAAAUACAGCAUUAAGUUCAGAA